AUGGAGUCCAGAAGACACAACGUCGGCAACUCGGACUUGUGGCGGCGACCGAGAGCGCUCUACGUCCUUGGCGGAGGCUGGAUUCUGUUCGUGUGCUGGUUCGUGGGGUCCCUGGCGGGCUUCGACAAGCGUGUGGCCAACCACCACGCCUUCGCCAUCCGCAGCCAGGAUGUGGACGAGUACUCGCAGCACCAGGUCUUGCUCAAGGUCUCAGCGGUUGAAGACUUGACUGUGGACGUCCAGCCGAGUCGAGAAGUGCUGCCCAUGGGCGACGAGUUCUACACGUCCGACUUCAGCGAGAACGACACUUCGACCACCAUCAUCUUCAACGUGUUCAAGGGCAGACCGAAGGCGCUCGCGGUGCAGCUGCUGAAGGCGCUGACUCAGAAGUACGUCUCGCCCCCGGAGGUCUGGGUCAUGUGCUUCAACUCGCCCAUGGAGAAGAAGUACCGGCACGUGGUGGAGGAAGUGAAGAAGAAAUUCCCCGACGUUGCGCACACCGUCAAGUUCACCGUCUCGGACUUCAACUACAAGUUCCACGGCCGCUUCCUGCUCGCGUACAUGGCAAAGACCAAGUACGUGCUGAUCGUGGACGACGACAAGGCCAUCGACGGCGACACGGUGAAUGACUACAUCAAGUACAUGAACAUCAAGAAAGGAGUGUGGGGCAACAAUGGCCACCGCCGAGCACCAACGUUCGAGGGCUACAAGAGCUGGCCCCGCAACUUCACGGGCGAGGACAUGGCCGAGCAGGAUUACCUCAGUGGCAUGUGGUUCCUGGAGCAGUCGUGGCUCGAGUACUUCAUGAAGGAGCGUCCACCGUCCUGGGCGACGUCGGAGGACAUGCACCUCUCGCAUGUCAUGAGGAAGUACCUGAACCUCAACACGUACGCGGGUCGAGUUGCGAUUGGUAAGACGCUCCCUCACAAGCCCAAGGAAGUUCAGGCGACGCAGGGAUCCGCGUUGGACCUCCGUGAGUUCAUCUUCGACCACGAGCUUGGACGGGGCAACAAGGUCGUUAGUGUUAAUGCGCCGAUCAAGACGCUUGUCUACGCCGAGACAGCAGGCGACAUUGAGGACUACUUGGCAAAGCUUGACGCGUGUCCGUCGCAAAAUGGCAGUGUGGCUGUCAAUGUUGGUGAAGUCAAUGGGACUGCAGCUGCAGUCUCAGGCCCCUGGUGCGAUGGUGGCAAGACGGCAGCGGUGUUCCGUGGGGCGAAGGAACAGGACGUCAACGGUCUCAUCGCCGCCGCAGAGAAGCUCUGCGCCAAAACUCAGUGCGAGUACUUCAGCGUCAAGCCCAACAUCCGCCACGGUAUCAGAUACUUCAACAUGCGCGAAGGCUACGGCCAAGCCAGCACGGGCGUCGAGAUUCCGUUCCAGACGGGGGCGUCCGACGUAUUGACGUCGCUCGUGGGCAUUCUGAACAACGUGUUGCCCGAGACGUUGUUCGUGCCGGACGUGGCUUCGAUGCGGUGGCCUGAGGCGGAGGACGCUUCGAAACGCAACCGCCUGCAGAUCUACCACCGCACGGUGCUGUUGGCGGUGGACAUCCACCGGAACUCCAAGACAAACGGCAAAGUUGUUGACGAUGAGAAGGACGAGUGGGUGAUCGCGGAUGAAUUCCCGUCCCGAAUGGAGACGUUGAUAUGGCAGCGAGAGUCGACCGAUGACCCACUUCACUAUUACUCGUCGUAA